AUGGAGAUGAGAAUGCUGAAGAUGAUAGCUUGGGUAAUAAGAAAGGAUAAGGUGCGAAGUACAAGAAUACUAGGAAACUUAAAGGUAGUGCCCAUUAUGACUAAGAUAACCGUAAACAGACUUAGGGCUAGGUGGUAUGAGCACACAAUGAGAAGCCCUAUGAACUACAUAGGAAAUAAGGUUGAGAGUUUGGAAGUGAUGGGAAAACGUAAAAGCCGAAGGCCAAAACUUCAAUGGGGCCAUAAAGUUAGAGCCAAUAUGAAGAAGGAUAAAUUAGAUAAAAGAGAUAGUAUAAAUAACAUAAAGUGGAGAGAGAUAUUGAAGAAGCUUACCACCAGAAAAGGUGAGAGCUAA